GACUGCCAGCGUGCGCCGUGAACCUUGUUCUUUUUACAUUCAACAUGAGCUGGAAGGGUAUGAGCAAAGCUAUCUCGCGGUUACCGCACCAGGUAAUGGCGAGCAAAAGCAAAGGCGAAGUGACAAAGGACUUGGAAUUUGAAGAGUACGAAAAGAGGUUUUUAACUGUUCAGAAGCAAGCGGAUACUCUCUUGGCAGACGCACAGGCGUUCCGCGACGGUGUUGCAGCUAUGCUUUCACACCAAAUUAUAUUCUCUCAGAGUUUGACUCCCUUAUAUCAACCUACCAUGGGAGUGCCGGAACCAGAGGAUGGAAUCAACAGGCGAAGACAAACCCAACUGUCGCACAGCGCAACGAAAGCUGCUGAAGAUUAUGAGGCUUGCAUGCAAGCUUGCAAGGAUGAGCUUACACCAGAAAUUGAUAAUCUGGACCAUACCGUCAUACAGCCAGUUGUCAAUCUGCGUGAGAUUAUGCGACAAAUCGUCAAGACCAUUACCAAACGACAUCACAAAAUGGUAGACUAUGAUAGAUUUCGAUCUAAUUUGACGAAACUGCAGAGCAAGGCGGAAAAAAGCAUCAGUGAUGAAAAGCAAAUAUUCAAGCUGGAAAGUCAAUUGGAAACAGCUACCCAGGACUUCAAUUUCUUGAACGACAUGUUGAAGGAACAGCUACCGUAUUUCCUCCAAUUGAGAUCUCAUUUUAUCGAUCCUAUAUUUCAAGCGUUUUACAGUCUCCAAGUCAAGAUCUAUUUGUCCAUGUGGCAGCGUAUUCACCAAGUUGUCGAAGAAAACCCCGGACAUUUUGAAACCGUUCAAUACAGCAUUCAGGAUGGAUACCAGGCAAGGCAGCAAAAUUUCAAUGCGCGUGAGGUGCUUGAACAAACGGAGUUGCUCGAGAAAAGCGGUAAAUCGUGGAGAGGAGCAACUGGAACGUCCGGCAAAAUGUCGCUACAGGAACGAGCAGCAAUGAAGAAGGAGGGCAAUAAUGCACCAAGCAUUUCUCGAACGUAUUCCCAAAGCUCCAACGGUUCUCUGCCGCCGCCAUCUUACGCUGCAUCGCCCAACUAUACCACUCAAGGUCCUCCUCCACCUCUUCCUCGAAAGCCGUCGUCACCAGCGGGCAACUAUGUCACGGCAUUGUACGAUUACCACGCGCAAGCUGAUGGUGACUUGAGUUUUGCAGCCGGAGAUAGGAUUCUAGUCAUAGACAGAAAAGGUCCAGAUGAAUGGUGGACUGGAACUUUCAAUGGUGCUCAAGGCGUUUUUCCUGGCAACUACGUAGAAAGUGCCUAGGUGUAACAUGCUAUUAAUAAAGUACACUAUUAUCAAAUUACAGAUGGG